GAAGAGGAGGAACUGUGGAGCAGUCAGGAGGGAGAGCAGCUUCAAGGGCUGGAGGAGGCUGAUAUCACCAAGUUCACAUUCACUCCUGUCCCUGUGAAGAGUGAAGAUGAUGAAGAGAAACCUCAGUCUGAGGGACACCACUGUGGAGGACCAGCAGGACCAGGACCAGUGCCUGGAGGAGGAGUGCGACCAGUGCCCGGACACUCUUCUGAAGAUGAUGGAGAGGAAUGUGGGGGACCAGGACCAGAAGAGGACUCUGAUCCAGUUCUAGAUUUACAACCAGAUACUGAGGACAAGACUGGAGACCAAUCUGAAGCUGAUGGAGAGGAAUGUGGGGGACCAGAACCAGAUGAGGACUCUGAUCCAGUUCCAGAUUUACAACCAGAUACUGAGGACAAGACUGCAGACCAAUCUGAAGCUGAUGGAGACCACUGUGGAGGAGUACAACCAGUCCCCGGAGGAGAAGGAAUGCGACCAGCACCCAGAGACUCUUCUGAAACUGAUGGAGAGGACUGUGAAGGACCUGAACCGAAGGACAACUCAGGUCCAGAUCCAGAUCCAGAUUUACAACCAGAUACUGAGGACAAGACUGGAGACCAUUCUGAAGCUGAGACUGACGACAGCAACGACUGGAAGGAGACCAGAGAACCUCAGUCAGGUUUUGAUGAAGUACCUAUCGGCGAUAUGGAAUGUAAUAAUGAAAUAGCUUCAGUUAGUUUAUCUGAAUGUGCGAGAAGCUUCGACCAUGAGGGAGGUCUACAGGAAGACUCUGAAGUCCACAAUGUGGAAAAACCCUUUAGUUGCUCCAUCUGUGGUGAAACAUUUGCAGAAAGCUCAGAGCUGAAGGUGCACUUCAGAGGUCAUAGAAAAGGAAAACGUUUUAGCUGCUUGGUUUGUAAAACAAGUUUUGGCAGCAGCGGAAAUUUAGCGAAACACCUGAGAAUCCAUACUGGAGAGAAACCAUUUGGUUGCUUGCUGUGUAGUAAAAGAUUCACUCAAAAGAUAGCUCUGGAAAAACACCGUCUUGUCCACACAGGGGAGAAACCAUUUAGUUGCUCAGAUUGUGGCAAAUCAUUCACACAGAAGGGGCAUCUGAGUCGACACUUGGUUGUCCACACAGGGGAGAAACCAUAUAGUUGUUCAAUUUGUAGCAAAUCAUUCACAUUAAAAGAAGACUUGAAGCGACACUUGCUUGUCCACACAGGGGAGAAACCAUUUAAUUGUUUGGUCUGUAGUAAAACAUUUUCACGAAGGAAAGACUUGGAACGACACUCGCGUCUCCACACGGGGGAGAGACCAUUUAGUUGUCCAGACUGUGGGAAAACAUUCACUCAAACGAGCCAUUUGAGACGACACUUAGCUAUCCACACGGGGGAGAAACCAUUUAGUUGUCUAAUUUGUCAGAAAACAUUCUCAGUAAAGCAAGAUUUGAAACAACACUCGGUUGUCCACACGGGGGAGAGACCGUUUUGUUGCUCAGAUUGCGGCAAAACAUUCACACAAAGGGCCAAUUUAAAACAACACUUGAUUGUCCACACAGGGGAGAGACCGUUUAGCUGUUCAGUUUGUGGGAAAAGAUACACACGAGAGAGUCAUUUGAGACGACACGUGGUUGUCCAUUUAAGGGAGAAACCGUUUGGUUGCAGUGUUUGUGACAAAAGAUUCGCUCGGCUCGAUUUGGUGAACAAACACGAGUGUGUUGGUGAGAGCGCCCGAAGUAAGUGAAGUGUCAGAGACGAAUUUUGGGCCGGUUUUUCACGGCAGGAUUGAAAUCAGUGUUUUCCCUGCCAUUAUAUUGGGGGGGCACCCCAGCCACCCAACAGCACCCCCCGCCCCCUUUGAGGGUCAAGUUUAUUUUAUAUAAUUGUAUUUUCUAUAUAGCUCCAGAUCACAACAGAAGUAAUGUAAGGUUACCUUCCCUAUAGAACAGGUCUAUACCUUGUCCUUUAUUAAACUAAUUAAAUUGAGUUAGUUAUUUAUCAUAUUUACAUGAUGGCAUGUUAUUUCUGUCUCUACAUGGUUCCGCGUUUAGAAUUCUCCUCUGCUCUCUGUAUCGCGUACGCCAGAGUUCUGCCCCAAUGCGCACACACACACACAGACAUGUGCGCACACACAGUUGAGCACACUAGAGUGCGGCUCAGGCCGCAUUUUCUUUGAGACAAUUAUAACCGAACCCAACCUGAAUCUGAUACAGUUUGGUACUUGACAUAUUUAUUGUUAUGGACAGUGUGUAAAUGACCAUCAAAAGACGACUGUUACGCACAGUCAAAUACGACGCUACAUACACUCAGUUGGAGUGGAGCCUGUGUUGCAUUCAGGUGUUGUCAUGUAAAUAACAAAUUUCAUCACUUGAAUAGGCCAUAGCAC